AUGGACUUAUCACAAAAUAAGUACGGACAGAAAACAGUAAGUAGUUUUUCUACUUAUUUAAGAUGAGGGAUGAGAGGAGAGUGCCUCUUUAGAUGUUUUGACAUCCCUACAGGUAAUCAACGUUUCCACUUAACCCUCCGCGUACAUGCUCAAUAGAAACAUCUAGUGUUUUCAGUGAUUCGUCGAGCAGCGAACUAUUUUGUGCCUAAAUAAAUCAUGCUGUUCUAUAUUAUCAAAAUUAGCAAUUUAAUCCAUUAAAACUGCGUAGAACAUGUUUGUCCACCUCGAUAUUUAAAGUACUAAAUAUUUUGAAAUUUACAAAAACUAUGUCACCCUUACCAAGGUAGUGAACGAUGAAGGUGACUUUAAUCUACUUAUCGAUUGUAGUUUUAUCACUUGUUGAUACUAGUGAGUCAGUCGAACGAUAUAGUUAAAUCGACGAUACUUAUCGUUGUUUUGUUACAGAAUUCUGCGUCAAUGAGUCAGCGUUAUCCGAUACUACGAGCCUAUCUGCUGGCAGAACCAAGUGAAUACGAGAAGAUAUGAGAUAUGUAACUGACCAUCGGCGUCAAGGUAUAACACCAAUAACAAUUCUGCAUUUGUUUCGUCAACAUCGAUGUACAGCGGCAAACGCAAGCACGAAGAUGAUGAAAAUACAUCACGAAAAAAG